UCUGUCUGUCUGUCUUACACUUACAAUCAAACGUUCAAUCAAAAACAAAAUUCAGAACAUUCAACGUUCGUAAAUGUUCACCGGAAGUGCGCGAUAUAAAUGUAUUUUGAAAUCGAUCACCGGAAGUACUGAUUGUGCUGUUGUUUCUGUCGUUACCUUGUUUACUGCCCUCCUGUGGCCACAGUGUGUAACUACACGUCUAUUUUAACACAAACCAGUUACAUUAAAAAGUCAAAUUAUUUCAUGUUCUUAAUCAUUUUAAAAAACGUUUUUCUCUUUUAAACUGUGAAACAGGUUUUAGUCUAAUUCUGUGUGACUGAACCAGUUUGAUAAUAAACUUUUUAAUGACGUCAUCGACGCGCGACACAGUCCACAGAAGAGCCACGCGUGUUGUCAAGACCAGGACCCGGAGCCGCUGAAGACCAGGUUUAAAUCCAGUUUUCGGUCCGUUUAACUUCGCAGUGAUGGGGGACCGGAGCCGGCUGUGCUCCGUGUGGCUGGGCUCCGAGACCGGGAUCCUGAAGGGGGUCAGCGUGUCCCGGAAACAGGCCUUCAACUUCUGCAACACGAGCCACCUGAGCCGAGACCAGGAGGUCCGCGCGCUGUGCUGGGCGGACCCGGCGGAGAGCGAGCUGCUGGUCGGCUCGGUGGACGGAACCGUGAAGACCUUCAGCACCGAGAAGGGCGCCUUCACCGAGGCCCGGCGCUGCGGAGACCCGGCGGACGGCUGCUUCACCGGGCUGGCGCCGCUCGACGGCUCCGCGCUGAUCACCUGCGGGGAGUCCGGGACGGUGCGGGUCUGGAGGGAGGACAGCGGAGAGCCCGUCACCCAGCUGGACGCGGGGAAGAACGUGUGCCGGAUGCGGCAGAGUCCGGUUCACCGGCACAAAGUCGCCACCGGUGGGAAAGAGAACGGGCUGAAGAUCUGGGACCUGGAGAAACCCGAGAAACCCGUGUUCACCGCGAAGAACCUGCGGGACGACUGGCUGGACCUACGGCGGCCGCACUGGGUCAGAGACAUGGCCUUCAUCCCGGAUUCUGACAAGGUGGUCACCUGCACAGGUUUCUGUCAGGUCCACGUGUUCGACCCCUCCUCCCCUCAGCGCCGUCCUGUCCUGGAGGUCGAGUACAGCGAGUACCCGCUCACCGCCCUGUCCCUGCCCGCCGCCGGCGACACGGUGGUGGUGGGAAACACCCACGGUCAGAUCGCCAUGCUGGACCUGAGGAAAGGCCUGGUCCGGGGCUGUCUGAAGGGGCUGGCCGGGGGGGUGAGGUGGCUGCAGUGUCACCCCUCCCGGCCGGUGGUGGCGUCCUGCGGCCUGGACCGUUUCCUCCGCAUCCACAGCCUGGAGGACCGCAAACUGCAGCACAAGGUCUAUCUCAAGUCCAGACUCAACUGUCUCCUGCUGAGCAGCCGGGACCUGGAGGACGGACGGGAGGGGGGGGAGACCCAGGAGGUGAAGGAGGAGGUGAAGGAGGAAGAGGACGAGGUGUGGGACGCCAUGGAGCAGGUGGAGGAGGAGGAGCAGAGGCCGAAGAGGAAAACAACACAGGAAGAACCACAGAAGAAGAGCAAGAAGAAGAGGAAGAAAGGACAGGACUGAGGGGCGUUUGAGGUGUGAUCAGAGCGUGGGACAUUUGAACACUGAUCAGUCACAUCAUCAGACUUCAGGACAGAUUUGUCUUUUAUUCUCUCAUUGUUUUGUCUGAGCUUUAUUAAAACAGAAAAGAGCCUCCAGCUGUUUUCAUUUACACAACUAACAUGAUCCUAAAACCUUUCUCACCUGGUUAAUGUAAAAACCAAAGCUCAGGUGAAUUUCUUGAAGCAGGACGCGAAAAAAACAAAUUUGUGCAGAAACAGAAGCCUCCUCCAUGUUUGUCUCCAGGCUGCGUUCAGGUGUUGUGUGUUAAUCUCUGAACUGUCUGUAACGUGUGUAAAGUCUAUUUUCAGUCUGUUAUUAAAGAUGAAGCUGUGACGUUCAGUGUCACAGCUACUUGAGUUCAACGA